AUGAAUUUGAAAACGCUGAAGCUGUUCCCGUGUAUUUAUCGUCGAAAUUUUGAAGUGUUUUUGCUGAUAUGCACCAUAUCGAUUGCCUGCAUCCUGUUGACCCAUCAUGUUCGUACAGCCAUAAAGGAGGUUCGAUACGAUCGACAUUUAUAUGCCGAACGUCAACAGGCUCCGCCACAGGAUAAACGACAAAUGCGAAAUGCGGAAUUGAAAUCGAUGCUACAUUGCUUCGAUCGGCCACUGCAUAUGGAACAAUUGCAGUAUGGCAAAUAUUGGUUGUUGCAGAAUUUAAUACGAGGACGUCUUAGCAUCAAUAUGGGAUGUUCAGAAUCUAUAACCUAUACCACAAAUGGGGAUUACACAUUUAUUGAUAAUAUCGGGAUGGUGGUGACACGCUGGAUGGGUCCCAUCAGCUUUGCCCUCUUCGCCCCUGGCUACGAUUUCAAUGCCACCAUGGACUCUAUUCAAUAUGCCCGCCACUGCUUACCCGAAAGUGGCCUGAUACGAGAUUAUGUCACCUUUCAUAUCUAUUUUCCGAAUGAUCAUAUGCCCGAAGAACGGGUACCCCUGACCGAAGAAGAAGCCUUGGAGUGGCCCUAUGAUUGUCAAUUGGCUGAGGCGCCCUAUGAGAAUGUGAAUCGCAGUGAAAUGUACAAAACGAAGAAAUAUCUCCAAUAUCCCAUAAAUGUGGGACGGAAUGUGGCAAGACGGGCCGCAAAUACCCAUUUUAUUUUCGCCUGUGAUAUUGAGCUGUACCCCAGCCGGGGUCUGAUAGAACAAUUCUUAGAUAUGGCUUAUCGGAAUAUAAGUGUGGUACUGCCGGGCUCUGAUGGCAGGGCAUUGAAGGUUUUUGCUUUGCCAGUUUUUGAGUUGGAAAAAUCCGCAGCCAUACCGGAUACCAAGAAGGAACUGGUGGCAAUGUUGAGGACAAAGAAGGCAAUACCUUUUCAUUAUAAUGUCUGCAAAUCGUGUCAUGUUGUGCCGGAUCAAGGGAAAUGGGUCAAUGCCACCUACAGUGAACGAUUGACGAUAUUCUCUGUGGGCAAACGCCAUAAGAAAUUCGUCUACUGGGAGCCAUUCUACAUCAGUGACAAUCAUGAGCCGCUAUUCGAUGAACGGGUCACGUGGGAGGGUCAAUCCAAUAAGCGCAUCCAAAAUUAUGCCAUGUGUUUAUUGGAUUAUGAAUAUCAUGUGCUGCAUCCGGGAUUUUUGGUCCAUUCACCGGGCAUUAAGAAAUUCAAUCCGAAUUCGGAACGUCUGCAGUAUGUCGGUCCAAUGAAUAAAUUUAUUGAGAAAAAAAUUAAACCCGAAUAUGCGAUACUCUAUGGUAGAAAUAAGGAAUGUAAGGUGUGA